GGCAGAUAACGAUUAUAGGAUGGCUCGACAAAAAAAUUCAAAAAUCGAAGGCAGAAACCAAGAUUCGGCCCGAGAAAAGUGAUUUCUCUAUUAGCUUCACUCGAGAUCUUUCAUCCGAAAUACAGUCACAGGAAAACGGAAGAGUGCGCCAACAAUUCGGCAAUGUAGUCCCCCUGUUGAUGAACUCAAACCGAUACAAAAACAGCUUCCAAGAGGUAGAGUACAAACUUUGUCCCUGUCCGCUUAAAGCUACAGCAAUCAACGAUCUCGAAUUGUUAAACGUUGAAGAUGUUAUUUCUUUGUGCCGUGAAUAUUACCCUGACAAACGAAACCAGCAGUACUGGUUACCCCAUAAGGAUGCGUUCCCGGACAGUUUGCUCCACAAAACUGAUGAUAAAGGGCAACUAAAACCUCUGGAAGAAUCUGGAACUUAUAUAGGAGAAGUAAAGGAGUUCAUUAAAUUUGUUGACAUCAAAAACAUUUGUGGAGUUUUUAUCAAAGACUUCAGACACCAGAAUGCGCAAAAAAUCUUUCAAGAAGAUUCGUGCAUUGGCAACUUUCAGUUUGACUGGUUGCUUCUCGGCGCCGACAAAGUCUUUCUCUUUGAAGUAGGAAUGACUAAAAACGAAGACUGCCCUGAAACAACGCUCAACAACAAGAUCGAACAGUGUGCUACAAAAAUCAUUCCAAACUUCGCUUUGAUCCUCCACUCAAUAACGUUGGAGUGGAAUUUGAUCCAAAAUUCCAGGCAGACGGGAAGCCCAGCCGUCUUCGAUGAAUUUUUCAGGAACAGUGUAGAAACUGUUGUGCUUUUACCCAAUAUCAGCCUUCAAGUAUUCACUUCUAUAAUCGAAAAUGACUGUUCCAAAAGCCCUUCACUUAAGCAAACCCUAAAAAAGUACAGUGAGUUAGUUCAAAAAAUUACAUUCGUAGUGCGAUCCGGCGACACAUCCGAUUAUAAAGUGGCACAAAUUGCAUCAGAAAACGAUACUUGGAAAAUAAAACCAAGUUUGUUAGUUUCUGACUUCUUCACUGGAAUUAAUAAGAAAAACUGCGACCUGCUUUUGUAUGUCUCGUCUCUUCUUAUUUUGUCCUGUCUUGCUGCUUCAAUGCGGGAUCUGAAUCAAAGGAUUGAGGUGGAUGAUCGGGACAAAGAAGCUCAUUCAGCAUGGAAAGAGAAAAACAAGUAUCCACAAUUCGACAACAUCGUUUUAAGCCCUCAGCAGUAUUAUAUUUUGCAAAAGAAUCCAAAGUUUUUGGUGAUCCACGGGACGCCAGGAACGGGAAAAUCUUUGAUGCUGCUGGCGAAAGCACAAAUGAUGGCCAAAGAAGACGACGUAGAAAACAUUUUGUUCAUGUUCGAUCAAACUCAGCGUGGAUUUAAGACAUGGCUGGAACUUCGAAUAGACGCAAGCGCAGAUGAAUUGAAAAGAAAGUAUCAAAUAGUUGACUUGGAUUAUAGAUUGACAGACGACAAGCUGGAUCGAACAGUCAUUUUGAUAGACGAGCUUUAUAUUGCACCACAAUUCAAAAAAACUUUGCAAAACCGAAAAAAACUUGAUAUGUUGCUUAAAUGCAAGGCUUGCUGGAUUGCAAUAGUAGAGGCGGGACAAAGGACCAUGGAACCAAUAGGCAAACUCAUACCUGAAGAAUUUGAGCAGUGUGAGUUGAAAGUGACAUUCAGAAGUGCACAUCAUAUUAGUGAAAUUUCUCAAAGGUUCAUAGACCUUUUCGCAACCAAUCAAAAUGCUUCGCAGCCACGAGUCUUAGGAUGCUUCCAAUCUUCUCAAACAAAUCCUAAUUUCGUCACAUUUGAUACUUUGGAUCAAGUCUGCAAUGGAAAUUGUAAUCUUAAUGUUCUAGAACUAUCUGAACAGUCUGGAGCGCGAUCGAAAUCGAAAGCGAGACUGACUAUUUUAUUCACCGAUCAAAAUGAGCAACUAUCACCUGAUUUGCUAGCUAAACUGAGUGCAAAACUCAAAAUCACCAACGAAGAACUGAUUGUAUCAUAUGUCGGGCUUUGGGAUAAGGACCAAUUUGCUUUCACAGGAGACGAGGCUCAAGAAGUACUGAUAAUUAUCGAUUUGAAUAACCUUCUUGAAAGAUCUCUUUACAUUAUCAAUUUAGCUGUUUCAAGAGCCCAGUAUAAAGUUUCCUUUUUAAUUCGCAAAGACAUAAUAAAAAAUAAAAAAUCUAAAAGUUUAUGGCGUGAAUACUUGCUAGAUGAGAAACCAAAACGACUCCAAGAUUACUACGAUCUGAUUGAAGGCGACGAAGAUUAUGAAAAGCAGCCGAAACUGAAAUUGGCAAGACUUCGACCAAUCGAAAUCGAGCAACUGCGUAAAAAACUGAAAACUACGAACACGAUUGCAUCCAUGUCGAACACACAGUCGCUGAAAAUUAGUUUUCAGAGAGCGUUUGUGUUUGACAACGUUGAAGAUGUGAUAAACCAGCUGUUUAAGAGACUGAACUCAGAAUGUCGAGUGGCAACAGAAGCAGAGAGCAGAGAUGGUAAUGUUAUGCUAAUACAGGACUACGAAUGGGUGGCAAAACUGGGCGAUUUGGUCAUCCAGAAAGGAGAGAAAGUGGCAGAUCUAUUAUACCUAUGCAUGCUUCGUUUAUCUGGCUUUAGUGUGGUGAAACUUUCGAAAACAAUUGCAUUUUUAAAAUCCAAAAAUUUGUUUGAAGAAGAAAUAAAACAGAACAGAAGAAACUUGCUACAUAUGGCAAUGAGUGCGAGAAUGAGUAAUGAUGAGAGAUGUCGAGUGCUGAAAGAACUUCACCAAGGUAAUUCUCCAAGAAACGGUGAUUUAUUAUUACUUCAGAAGAAUGAGGAAGACAAAAAUGUUUUCGAGUCUGCUUUUUUUAAACUUGACUUUGAGCCAAUUUCCAUUAUCCUCAGAGAAGAGAAUGAACAAAAACUAUUUUUUCAAAAUUUUCUUGAGUUCUCUAAAGACUCGCAUCAAAAAUACCUGAAAAAUUGCGAGAAAUUUUUGUGCCAAAGUGGUCUUAUUUUUAAAGCUUGCAAAUCAGCUUCGUUUGAGAAUAUAAAAUGGGCAAUUGAAGUCACGGAUUGCUUCGAAGGACUCCUGAAACUUGAAUUGACGAGAAUCUACCAGUCCGGGCUUACGGUUUUAUCCCGGCUCCUGCUGUCCUACGAAAGUAAUGGCUCAGAAAACACUCUUCUGAAAACUGCCAAACUUCUGUUCGAAAAAGGGUUCCCUUUGUCACUGCUUGAUCAGAAAUGCCAAAUCAACUCCGAGUCAGAGAAUUGUUACCAAAUACUGGAGAGCAGGAAAGAAGAUUCUGAUUUCUUUAAUCUACUCGAGUAUAUACAGUCCCUUCAAAAAUAAGUUUUUUUUUGUAAAAAACAUAUUCUGUUGUUAUUUUUGCUUUUGUCGACGAAAAAAACUGAAUCUGCGAUUUUCAAUUUGUGAAUAAAAAAACUAUUUCAGAUACCUUAAUGGUCCGUUGAAGUGAUCAAGAUUUUGUCAUGAUACAAGCAGUCUUGUUUCGAACUUUUGUUAAUACAAAAAGACGAAGA